AUGGUCACAUUGAAGUCAAACGAAUCGGAGCGUUCUGCAAAGCCAAGCCCCGUGUACAUUGUUCGACCGUCAUCAGCCAUAAGACGGAUUACAAAAUACCGACUCGAGUCCAUCACAGACUCGACUGCGAUCCCUGGAAACGCGUCCACGGGACAUUUGGCAUACAAUUCCCCCGAAUUACGGUCCUCUAGUUUCAAAGUCAAAUCUUUGCCCUUGGCAACAAUUCGCAAACGUCCGGUCCAGAACGGAGUGUCCAACCCCCAGUCUGCAGCCCGGUAA